AUAACCAAUCCACAUACUCAUCCACAACCACAACCCCAACCCCAACUAGUAUGAUACAAUGACCACAACCAACGCAACAAUCCUCAUAACCGGCGCCGCCGGCGGCAUCGGCCUGGCCACAUCCCGACACUUCAACGCCAUCCACCCGACCAGCACCAUCAUCCUCACUGAUCUGCCCACUCACCAAGAGGCCACUGAAUUCCUGAUCCAGGGUACAUUCCCGCAUCCGGAAAGGGCGGUUUUUCUUCCUACUGAUAUUCUGGACUGGGGACAAAUGACACGUCUGUUUAGGAUAAUUGCGCGGGAAUAUGGUGGGGUGGAUGUGGUGGUUGCGAAUGCGGGGAUGAUGGAGUCUACGUCUGUUUUGGAUUUGGAGGAUGUUGAUGAGGAGACGGGGGAGUUGAGGGAGGGUUUGGAGGCGAGGAGGGUGGUGGGUGUUAAUUUGUUGGGGACUAUGAGUACACUGCGACUGGCAAUGUAUCACAUGAAAGAGAAGGAGAAGAAGAACGGGUCAAUUGUGCUGGUGGCUUCUACGUCGGGGUAUUUUGGAGGAACGGGUGUCACGGCUUAUGUGGCUUCCAAGCACGGUGUUGUGGGGUUGCUUCGGGCGUCGCAAGUGACGGCGCAGAAGUAUGGCAUUCGGGUUAAUGCAGUUGCGCCGUUUAUGACCCCGACUAGAAUGACGGCUGGUUUUUCUCAAAACUGGCAGGAUGCUGGGCUCGAGGCGAACUCACCUGAACGGGUGGCGGAAGUUAUUGAGCAGGUCGGGAUGGAUACGGACCGAAGGGGCUCUUGUAUGCUGGUUGCUGGAAGAAUUCUCAGAGAGAUGGAGUCGACAAGGAUGGCAUUGCUCCCCUCAUGGCUAGGUCGAGACGUUGCGGAUUUCAUGGCGAAAGCAAUGAAGUUUAUUGCAGAUAUCGGAGGCUAUGUGCUUCCUGCUCGUCUAUAGAGAGAUUGGUUACAUGCAUUCACGUGAAUGGUGUCCUCCGGGAUGGCAUGGAGCAACUCUUCUACAACGCUUUAGAUCACUGCUCCGGGAUUAAGUCACCGAGGUCAGAGCUCACAUACCAGUCAUUGUGCGGCAGCCCCUUUGCCCCAGUAGCCAGAGUUGGACCUUGAGUUUCCAGGACGGAGGAAUGUGAGGACCACCAAUCAGGCAGCUCGUGUAUCAUAGUUGUGCUGAGCCAAUCGUCACAGCUGCCCAGUAACCAGCCCUCAUCCCCAUGUUCAGCUUAGGUGCCUGUAUCUCCCCAGGAACAUGUGCCUCUACCACGCGGUCUGUGC